AUGUCAAGGGGUGUGCCAAAGAAAGUCUUCGACGCGGUGGUCGUUGGCGCAGGAGGUGCAGGUGUCGCGACGGUUGGCGCGCUCCUCCACUUUCACCAAACCUUUAGGAUCGGAUGGGUAGAUCCAGACUUCUCGGGGGGACGAAUAUCAAAGAAAUAUAGGGAUGUAUCGAGCAACACCAAAACAUCUCUGUUCCGACAGUAUGCCGACGCUUUCGAGCCGUUCCGUCAGAUUGUGGCUUCGACACCAAAGCCACACGCUGUCACUGUCCUCGAAACCCUCGAUCAGAACCGAGGCUGCCGUCUCCAAUAUGCGGCAGACAUGUUAACAAUGUUGACCACCGGCCUGCGCAGACAUGCCAACGUUGAGACACACGUCGGAAACUUGUCUCGAGCGGACUUCCAAACCUCAUCAGCCUCUUGGUCAAUGGAUCUCGACCCAACGAACCAGGGGCCAACCCAAAAGAUCUUGUCCCGAAACGUCAUCAUGUGCACAGGCUCAUCGCCCACGACGAUACCGCUACCUUGUUCGUCGCCGACCAUACUUGACCUCGACGUCGUCCUGGACCGACAGGCUCUACGAGCCAGUCUGCCAACGACGGGUGCAAGACCGGUUGUUGGAGUGAUAGGCACAUCUCACAGCGCCAUCGUCGCCAUCAUGAACCUGUACGAAUUGGCAACAAGCACCCACCCGCAUCUUCACAUCAAGUGGUUCGUCCGCAGCCCCAUGACCUACGCCGUCGAGAUGGACGGUUGGAUCCUGCGCGACAACACCGGCCUCAAAGGCGCCUCGGCAGACUUUGCCCGCGCGCACUUGGAAGACGAUAAACUGCCAGGGUCGCCGGUGCGCAAGUUCCUCACCAAGGUCGACUGCCCAGACGUCCGCGACGCAUCAAUGACCCCUCACUUGGACUCGUGCACGCAUGUCGUCGAGGCCAUCGGUUACACGAGAGACCCGCUGCCCCGGCUCUCCGUCGACGGCACGGCCCUCGAGGGUAUCAUCAGCUACGACCCGACCAACGGCGCGCUUUUGGACGGCAACGGCCACGCCGUCCCGCACGCGUGGGGGGCCGGCAUUGCCUUCCCAGAGCGAGUGACCGAUCCGGCAGGGAACACCGAAAGCGCCGUCGGGCUCUGGAAAUUCAUCAAGUAUCUGAACCGGGUUGUCCCGACGUGGUGUUAG